CGCCAAACUCGAACUCGAACCCAAGACGCUGCCUGCUGCCAGGCGCUGAGAAUCGCCUGUCGGAACUGCUGGAGCGCAGAGGCAGGCAAUACUCGCUCCGGUUCAGGAGUCUGUUUCUUCCCGAAGCGCCGCUCGGCCUCUUCCAUUCACGCUCGCUAAGACCCGCCAUUCCAUUCCAUCCGCGACACUUCUUUUUCGCCUUGUGACGCAUAGCUGCUGCAGCGCUCUUGUAUUUGCUGCGUCCAUAAGGGAAAAGAGGGACGAGUGACCUAGGACUCAGGGCAGAGCGCUGAAAGCAAAGCUGUGCAUGUGCUUCACUCCCGCCGGUAGUUUUGUUGUUUAUUCGAACGUCACCAACUUGCGCCUGCUGCCCGCCCAUGUCCCGAACAUAAUAUACGCAAUAUAUCUUGUCUGCUCAUUCGACCUCCUCCUCGAGAUUCUCCGGCGGCUGCUCUUAUCACGACGGUGCGGCACGAUCUGUCCAACAAGUUCAACAGCCCGGCGUUGCCCCUCGUCAUCUUUGGAGUUCUAUAGUCGACCAGAGUCUCAUGGCCCAGAUACAUCGGUGACGACCUUGCCAGUCUUCAGCGACUUAUACCCUCACCACCAGGAUGGCGCCAAGCCCGACUGCUGUCGGGGGCCUCCUGGGGCAGGUGGUUCAUUAUCACCUCGACAACGGCUCCUACGACAACGCCCUCUUCUUUGCCGAACGAUACGCCGCGCAAGAUUCUCGAUCAAGUGAAGCCCCAUACCUCCUGUCGCUAUGCCACCUCCGACUUGGCGACCACCGAUCCGCCUACGAUGUCAGCAAGCCGAUGGGAUAUCGCGGCGUGAACUUGGGCUGCAGUUGGGUCUUCGCCCAAGCCUGCUUGGCGCUGGAGCGGUUCAAGGACGGCAUCACAGCUUUGGAUAAGGCCAAAAGCUUGUGGUCGCAGAAGAACACCAUGGGCAAACACAGCGCGACUACUCGAUCUGCAUAUCCCGACGCUCCUGCGGUUCUUUGCCUGCUGGGGAAGCUGUACCGCGGCUACGACGAUAAAAAGAGAGCCGUGAGCUGUUUCGAGGAUGCGUUAAAGCUGAACGCCUUCCAGUGGGAUGCCUUCAAGGCUCUAUGCGACAUGGGCGUCAAGGUCCGCGUGCCCAACAUCUUCAAAGCCAGCGACAGCUUACUGCAGAACCUUGGUCAAGACUUGACUGCGUUGGUACAUGCCGAGCUGAGCCAGAGCACUACCGCAACCUUGAACUCCUUUGAGCAGCCUCCUCCGAAAAAGUCCUCUAUGAGAUCCAUGGCAUCUGACGUGGGGGCUGAUCCGUUUGGCAUUAGCUUUUCCGCCGGGGACAUGACUCCCAUGACCGAGAAUAUGCUGGCGAAUUCGGAGAGCGACUUUAUUUCCAAAAUGCACAAUGCGAGAGUUAGGCUUACGAACUCGGCCAACAAUCACCAGUCUGAUAUGGAAGGCCUAGAAACCCCAACAGCGCCACCGGCGGAGGCAAUGAUGUCCCGGUCUAAUAACCUGCAGGAACCGCCCCAUGCGCCCACGAGGAGGACUCGAAACGUCCAGCACAUUGACCAGACGCUCGAGGCACCGCCGCGAAUGAACUAUCGAAUGGGAUCGAAACGAAGCGCUGCCACGCGGGAGAAGAGCAACAGCCAAGAACAGCCAUUGGAGCCCAUCUCAGAUGCGCCUAGCGCCCCUACCGGAAACUCGCGAUCCAGCGUCAUCCCGGCGACUGAUAGGAAACGAACGCUUGCCGGUCAUCCGGUAUCGCGAUCAACCAACUUCGAGGAGCAUGCAACCAGACGAAGCGCCCGAUUGAUAAAACCGUCGGGCAAGACGAGCUCGGUUACACCAGCCCCUGGAGGACCCCCUGCUGGACGAGAGUUGAAAAAGGCUAGACCCCCGGUCUCUCGAAUCGUUCGGCCGGGUUCCAGCGGCUCCAACAAUGUCGGAAGGGUUGUUAGCGGCAACCGAAAACCGCUGGAAGACCACAACGGAGACGGAGACCACGGAGAGACGGGCAAGGUUCAGGAUGCUCCACCUCCCCCGGUCCCCAAGAUUACAGAGCCCGAUACGGCAAGGCUCGAAGAGGCCUUAAGAUGGGUAAUGGACUUGAUGAAGAAGCUGGGGAGCGGGUACUAUUUGCUGUCCCAGUUCCAAUGCCAAGAGGCUGUGCAGGCGCUGGGUUCACUGCCUGCGGCUCAUCAAAGCUCGCCCUGGGUUCUGGCGCUGAUGGGACGUGCUCACUACGAGCAGGCGUCAUACGCCGAGGCCGAGAAGUACUUUAGGAGGAUGCGAGCGCAGGCUCCGUCACGGCUGGAAGACAUGGAAGUAUACUCGACCAUUCUCUGGCACCUGAAGCGGGAGACUGAGCUCUCCUUUUUGGCCCAUGAACUUGUGGACGCCGCAUGGCACUCCCCCCAGGCAUGGUGUGCUCUUGGCAACGCGUGGUCUUUGGCACGAGACCCUGAGCAGGCCCUCAAGUGCUUCAAGAGGGCCACGCAGCUGGACCCAAAGUUUGCAUACGGCUUCACGCUGCAGGGACACGAGCACGUAACCAACGAAGAAUACGACAAGGCCCUCACCACCUAUCGGCAGGCCAUCUCGGCGGACAAGAGACAUUACAACGCCUACUACGGUAUCGGGAGGGUCCAACAGCGGCUGGGCGCUUACGACAAGGCCCUCACGCACUUCCAGGCCGCCCAUCUGAUCAACCCCAACAACGCAGUGCUGGUAACGUGUAUCGGAACAGCGCUUGAGAAGCAGAAACAAAUCCUACCCGCCCUGCGUGCUUACUGCAAGGCAGUUGAGCUUGCCCCUCGCGCCGCUUCGACACGGUACAAGAAAGCACGGGCUCUCCUUGCUGUUGGGCAGAUUGAGGAGGCACAGAAGGAGCUUGUCAUUUUGAAGGAUUUGGCCCCAGACGAGGGCACUGUGCAUUUUCUUCUGGCGACGCUGUAUAGGAGUAUGAAUGAGAAGCAGGAGGCGGUCCGCCACUUUACUAUUGCUUUGGCAUUGGAUCCAAAGGCUGGUCCGCAGAUUAAGGAGGCGAUUGAGAGUUUUGAGGACGAUAUACCAAUGGACGACUCACUGAUUUGAUGAUGCUCAUGAGUAUUGCUUUUUUUUAGGGGGGUUUGGAUGGUUCUUUUUUUCUUGGGCAUUUGAUAAUAGGGGCGCAUAACAGCCACCAUGUGUAAUAUGAAAAAAAGGGGGGUCGGUUUUUCUUUUUUUCUUUUUUUCCUUUUAAGAAAAAAACAUCCCAUUUCUGGUACUCACUUGCUUGGGCAUGGGCUUUGGAAGCUUGCCGGCGGCUUGCAAAGGCUAGAAUGAGGGUAAACUUGGGCUGGUCAAGACACGAUCACGACACGGGGCCAGGGUGGUGAGUCUUUUGGCAUGGCAUUGGCGUUCUUUGGGGGCCUUGGAAGCUACUUGGCCGGCUUGGACUAGGGUCGAAUUGAGAAUCGAGAGCAAUGGGUUGGUUUGCCUUGCUCGAUGU